UUAUUAUAAUCACUGAUUAGUAAUGACUUUACAAUUAGAUAUAAAUUAAUGUAAACAAUAAUUAAUGACUUCUUAAGUGACAACUCAUUGAAUGUCAUUCCGACAAAACCUCUGUUUGAAUGGUGUCUUAAGCCAUCAUUUGGUUAAUUAUCACCAAUUGAAAGAUGUGAUGACAUUUGUAAAUCAAUUGAUGACUAAUUGAAUUUUUGAUAUAAUUGUUAUCGAUUUGAUUAAAUGAGAUUAAAGAUCCAGUGAUGUCUUGGGGGCCAACAUUUGGCAAACGAGUGGAGACAGCGGUGGCAGUGAUUCUGCGGACACCCGGACUCUUCAUUAUAGAGUAUUGGUGGAGAUGUGAUGACCACAAGUUUAUUUUGCAUUCAAAUGAUUGGAACCAAUUCUGGACAUCAUUUGUCACAAAUAUUGCAUUACUCAAUGGAUUUCUUCUGUUAUUACUUCCGCUGUCAUUAAUCCGAUUGCUUUACUGCCACAUAGUUUGCGGUGCACUCCUAAUAACAGCUCAUUUGUUAUCCUAUUAUUUGGUUCAUAUGAUUGAUGUCCAAAAUGGUGUCUCAUUUUUUGAAUCAUUAGCUCUAUCUCUGGUACAGAUGAAUGCCAUUAAACAGAUAUCAUUGUUAGCCAUUCAUGUGGCCAUUGCUAUAAUAGUGUCCAUUAUAUUACAAGGACCACAAAAGACAUUAGUUCCAGUGUUUGCCUCAUAUUCUUUGCCAGUUUUUGCCCGAAUUCUCGAUUUUCCCAACGAAUCACUUCAGGUGAUCCAUAAGUUUAGUUCAGCAGUAGUUGUAAUCACUUUGGUUUUUCAUUUAUACAAUUGGAUGCCUAAAGUGUUAAGUGAAGUGAAAGAUUGGAUCAACCAUUUGUUAGUUAAUAUGGAAAUUGAAGGCUUAACAUCAUUGAUAGUCAAUGUUUGCCACAAGAUCUUUGUUCCGACACAUUUUUUUCUAUUUUGGUCCAUCGCUUUUUUUAUGAGACUUUUUGAGACCAUCAAUGAUCCACAAAAAGACUGGUUUGUGUCUGUAUUAAGUGCUGCGAGUGCUGUCUGUAUAAGUCCGGUCUCAUUGUUCUCAACUGCAGUUGCCGUCACAUAUAUGUCUUAUUUUUUAUUAUCUGCAAUGAAAUACUACUUAUGGGGCAAUAGUGUUCAUUCACUGACCAAUGCACCCAAUAUUCACAAUAAACACAGCGGAUGGGAGGAAGGCAUGACUACAUUGCUGUUAGCUUUAUUGACUGGCAUUACUGAUAUGAAACAACCAGCAAGAAUGGCUGUCCUCACAAUCAUCUUAUUUGUAGUCCUAUCAAGUCUUUUGCAGUCAAUGCUGGAAAUGGCAGAACCGGUAAUAUUGUCAUUGAGUGCAUAUCACGGCAAGAAUGCUAUACAUCACAUAAAAGUGUUGAUUUUGUGUGCCUUCUUAUUCUUGUUUCCACUUCAUGUAACUUAUGUUUUGUCGCAAAUAUUUCCGAUUGACUUCUGGAUGGCAGUGGUUCUCUCCACAAGUAUCCUCACAUCAGCACAAGUAGCAGAUCUCUUAAUAGUUCACUGCAUUUUAUGGUACGAUUCUUUAAGAUCUGAACCGAUGGAAUCAUUAGAUGAAGCCGUAUAUUACGUGCGAUCUUUUACAAAGAUAAUUGAAUUUUUUGUGGCCACAAGUGUGGUAGUGGUGGGUGUUUGGGAAGGAAUUACAGGACAAUGGAGUCUAACAAAUGCAAUAAUUCUUAUAAUUCACUGCUAUUUUAAUGUUUGGCAAAGACUUAACACUGGAGUUAGUAGUUAUGUUCGGCGAAGGAAAGCAUUACUGAAAACAUCUUCCCUUUCAUUCGCUACAACUAAUCAAUUAAAACAACACAAUGAUGUCUGUGCCAUAUGUUUCACUGAUAUGACUGUCCCUAACUCAUCAAUUAUCACUAAUUGUAAUCAUUAUUUUCAUCGAAUAUGUCUCCGAAAAUGGCUCUGUUUUCAAGACACCUGUCCCUUGUGUACGGUAUCUAUAACUCGUAGUCAAUCAACUCAACAACAGUCCAAUUAAGAGUUUACCACUGAUUGUAGUCAUUAAGUUUGACCAAAUAAUAAAUGAAUUUAUUUUGAGUUUAUUUUAAUAUAUAUAU